UAUCCUAACAAUAAUGCAUGUUUUGCAACAACAAAGCCCCAAGAUGCUUAUUUCCAAACUGGUACCUUUGUAGAUGGUUCAGUCCCAUUCUCAAGUGCUGCAAGUGAAUUGUAUUCUGCCGUGAAAGUGAAUUUGAAUGGUGCAAUCGACCAAUCAGAAUGUACGUUAAUGAGCUCUGGUGACCAUAGUAAUAAUAAUAAUGAGAACAGCUAUCUGGGUCAUACAAAUGUUUCUUGUGAAGAGACAAAUUUAUUCCAAAAUAACAACUAUAAUCCGAUCAGUUACAAGAGUUUGGAUCAAUCUAUCAGUAAUACAUCUACACAGGCAGCUCAGAAUUGCCUAACUUGUUCUUCUGCUGAUGCAUUUUUAUCACAAGGUUCCUACAAUUACAAAAACAAUGCAGAGGUGAACAAUAAUGAUGACUUGUUGAAUAAAUUUGACUCCAGAUUAGAGAGUAAUAAUGGAUGUUAUGAUCUUUCAACUUCCGAGAUUUUUGAUUAUUCGCAACAACCUGUGGUGAAAGGAAAUAUAAAAUGUUCAAACCAAUUUGUUUUAAGUCCAAGCAUAGACUGCAAAGGUGCAGUCAAGCCUAUUAUGAAUUUCAAUUUUGAAAACCCUGUUUAUGCAGAAAGAACAUUACUGUACAAUUUCUCUUCUCCAAACGACAUAUUGCCCACAUGCCGACUUACAAAUGUAAAUACAAGCCAUCCUUUUCAGAGAAAAGAGGAGAAUGUGGAAUCUGAAAAUAAAGUUUUAGUAACAGACAGUCCGGGACAGGUAGUCCAAGCAGGAUUUUGUAACUGUUUAGACACACUUGAUGUUCCCUUUGAACAGGUGUUUAUCUAUAAUGGUCAAAUGUACCAGUUACCAUAUUCAGAUAUUGUUCAAAUUGGAAAAUUUCAAUUUUAUUCUUUUCUCAAGGAAGGAUUAAUUUAUAUUCCGCUUGGGAAUUUUUUUCAUGUAGUUGGUAAAGAAGUAAGGAAUUUGUUUGCAAGUUUCGUUAACUUAAAAAGCAUGGCAUUGUUAAGUCUCAGUUUAGAUGAAAUCUACUUCUUAGAGCAAAAGUGCAGUUUUUACUUUGACAGUUCAAAUAAAGACCUCAUAGACUUACAAUCUCUCAGGGAAGUGUGUUUAGAACUAUUAAAUAUAUGCCCUGGUGAUACAAAUCUGAAAAUGCUAGCGGUGAGCAUACCCAGCAAAUAUGAGUUCAGGUCAAAUAUGAUAUGUUCAAAUUGUGGGUGUAACAAAAAAGGUGCAAUAAAAGGUGAUUCUUAUGUGCCUCUUGUUGGAAAUAGUGACUUCACAUCUAAAAUAAGUGUAACUGUUGGAACAUUGAUGGUAGGUGAUGAAGUAUUCACAACAUUUGAACAACAUGGUAGAUGGUAUGUAAGUUUCAAAGAUUUAGUGACACGAGGAAUCAUUUCACUCACAGCCCUUCAAGAUAAAAUGAAGAGAAUACAUAGCAAAGCUAUAAUAGCACCUCCAGACAUUGAAAAGUAUUUCUCACAUCAGUCACUUAUGCUGAACAAUACAUUAUGGAUUGAAAUGGUGACAUUAAGAUGUGUGGUUUGCAUGAUUAAUAGGAAAUCAAAACUUGCUGGCCUGAUUGCCUGUGGUGAGUACAGCAUUAACCCAUCCACAAAUAUUCUUUGUGAAGAUACCUCAAAAUGCAAUAUAACUUAUUCAAUAGAUGCAAAGAGCUUGACUGUUGAUAAAAAUUGUGCCAAAUAUAAGUUACAGAAUUCAGAACAUUCAUUUUUUAUUACCCGUAAAAGAAAAGAAAGAGCAAGUAAGGUUGAACACUUAUCAGCCAAUAGUGAAGAAAGGAUUAUGGCUCACAAAACUAGAGGAAGAGGAAUCAAAGGAGAUGAGAAUCCUAAAGAGUUGAAAGAAUCUGACAAUGUUACAAAUCAUGAUUGUGGCAAAGAAAGAGUACAGGAAGAAGGAAAAUUGAGUGCAGAUAAGUUAGAUAAGGAUAGUCAAAGUGAAGGAAAGAAUGUUUGUAGCAUGACUCUUAGACCAAGAAAGAGGAAUGUGGUACAUACACUGCAAGAAACUGAUGAUGAAGUGUUCUACAAAAAUGAGAGUGAAUUAGUUUGUGAAAGAGGCAGGAAGCAGAAAAAAUUUCCACGUAAACGCGCUGGCUUAAGAAAAAAGAAACAAAUGUUCCUUAAUGAAGGUGACUACAUAAUAAGAGACUAUGAGACAUUUUGUCAGAAGUUGGAUGCAGGUUUGAUUGUUAAAAGGGACCAUGAGGAAGUGGUUGUUGAUCUUUAUAGCGAAGACAAAAAAGCAGUCUGUACAUUAGAGUCUUUACAAGAACAAGACAGUCAAGCAAAAGACAACAGCGAGUGGCACGAAGGUGAUCCUAACUUAUUAAACAAAGCUUUGCAUAUGUCUGGAAUAGCUAGUUUUGAUUUUGAUCAUAACUCUGAAUUAAAUGAUGUUAAAAUUAGAGGUCAACAUUUGGAAAGUAAAGAUAGUGAAAGUGAUAACUUAGGACUUGAAAGUAUUUCAAUGAAAUGUCAUGAUGAUAAGGUUAAAGCUCAAACAGAAAACUAUAAAGAAGAUGAUAGUAGUAAUUUGCGUGAACAUGUAUCUGAAAAGAUUAACACUGAUCAGGAAUCGCAUGUAGUGCUAGAUGGUGCUUCAAUGGAAGAGCAUAGUGUUUUUAUUGAAAAUUUAGAAAGUGGAAUUGUUGAUGUAACAAAUCCCAAACAAAUGAAUUUAGAGAUAGAAAAUGAAAAUAGGGUUUUUGAAAUUGUUGAAAGGGAAGUUGAAGAUAAAAUCAAGAACUUAAAAGUAGUUGAUGAUUAUCAUGGUUUGAAUGAAAAUAUUGAAGACAGUGAAAUGCAGAUUGAAAGUAAAUGUGAUGAUCUUGCUUUAAAUUUGAUGUCUGAAAAUACAGAUGAGAUUUGUGAUAAUAAUAAGAAUACAGUUCAUGAAAAUGAAUAUGCCAAAGAGAGUAGUGAUCUUCUGACAAGUAAGAUGAUACAUUUUAAAUUAGACAGAGAGGAAGAAAUACAGAAUAAUGAUUCACAAAUUGGUGAAAUAACUGAAAUAGGGAAAAAUCUUGAAACACAAAAGAGUAUUGGCACAAGAGAAAGUUUGGAACAAAGGGCAUAUUCUGAAACAGAAAAAUGUUCUGAAAUACAAGAAUGUUUAGAAAAACUUGAGUUGUCUGAAGCAGGAAAAUAUGAAAUAACAGUUGAAUUCACUGGAAAAGGAAAACAUCCUGAGACAUUUAAAACCUCUAAGAUGCAAGACCAUACUAAAAUAGAAGAAAAUCAAGAAAUGGAAGAUAGCCAUGAUACUGUAAAUAAUUUAGAAAUAGAAAAAAGUCCUGUUACAGAAGAAAGAACUGUAGUAAUGGAGGAUUUUCAAACAAGAGAAAGUAUUGAAUCAGGAAAAAUCUCUGAAAAAGUAAAGAGUCAUGAGCAUUUCAUUUGCUUUGAAAACAAAGAAGUAAUUCUGAAUUCUAAUGUGUUACAAAAUGAAAUUCUUGAUUGUAGGGAAUGUCUAACAGAAAGUAUUGCAGAAUUUAAAUCUCAAAACAUAAUAAAUUUUCAGAAAAUUGGAGAAGUAGGACUACAUGAAGAACAAAAUAUAAUCAGUGCAGAAACAGUUCAACCUCUUGAUACAGAUACACAAACAGAAUGUUCCUUUUCAAAUGAUAGAAAUGAUUUUGCAGGUGAAAAUUUCCCAGAGCAUGAAUAUGGCAUGACAUAUGGAGAUACUGAAUUACAACAUGAAAAAACGCUCAAUGAAGAAAACUGUGAUACAUUAAUGGAAGUUGAAGAACAUAAUAGAGCAUGCACAAAUGGUAGAGAUAUAACCGCAAAUGAAGUGGAAACAUUCCAAAUGAUAGAACCACAAACAGAACCACAAACAUAUGCAUGUAGUCAAGAUAACAUUGAUACAGAUAAAAGAAAAGAAUGGGAAACAAACAUUAUUAAGUACCUGGUAUUCUCACAUGUUAAAGUUGGGCCAAAUCCUGGUUUCAAGGUGCUGAAAUUCUUGCCUGGAGCAGAAAAGACUUUCCCAGAUUUAUUUGAUUCCAACCUCAAACCUCCAGAAACAAAACGUAAACUUACAGAAUUUAAGAUAGCUGCUGGCAGAUAUUUAGAUAACAUGUUUUUAAAGUAUUAGACAGAAAGGAGGAAGAAAACAUCCAGAUAAAAGAAUUGAAAGAAAUUGAACCUCUUGAUACAAAUUUAAUAAGUUGUGAUACAAAAACAGUUGCUGAAAAUACAUAUUGUUCCAAAAGAAGGGAAGGAUUGCAAUGUAAAUAAUAGUGUCACCAAACCAGAAAUGCCAUCAGUUACUGUUACAGUUACUGACUCAAAAAGGUGUUGAAUAUACUAAUAAGAGAAAUAAUGGUCGUAGAAAUAAAAGUGUAAAUGAUCAAAGAACAGAUAGGAUGAGUUUAAACAAUAAGGGAAUACAAUCUUUAGAAGUGGUUUCCACUAAGGAGGGAGAAGAGAAGCAAGAAAUAAGUGCAGGAGUUGAGACAAAUGAGUUUCUGUCCAAUCAUGACAGUAAUAAAACCAAG